AGCUUGGGGUGCCCGGCGUCCAGGCGCUCCCCGGGGCGCUCAGCAUCCGCGGCUGCAGAGGCUCUGCGCCACGGUCGGCCCUGGCAAGAAAGUUGUAAAGUGCCGCGAGGAGUUGGGCGGUCGGAGGAGGAGGAGAAGCGGAAGAGGAGGACUCGGCUGAGUUUCCGAGGCGAUCGUGGGGUCCCCUGGCGCCUGUCCCGCAGCUCGCCACGGGCAGCUAGACUUCAGCCCUUCGGUCCAGGGUGGGCGCUAGACACUCGGCCCGAGGCCGCGGAGGAACUUAGCCUGAGAGCCGCAACCGCGGGCCUCAUUGUCUGCAGCAACUCUCCCGGAAUCCGGAGGGGGAGGACCGGACCGCGAGUCCACUGGGAUUUGUCCAGAGUUCCGGCGGCAGCUGUGGCGGCCGCGGAGACUCCCUUUGUCCUCCCAGGACCUCCUUCUCUCUCCUUCAUGGUGGCAGCUGCCGGGUGGCGCUGAGCCUGGAGCGGGUGUCCCAGCCCCGCUCAGCCCCUGACCCCGGGCUGAGUCCCUGCUGACUCCGCCUCUUUCGCAUCUCUGCUCGCCGAAGCCCGGAGCUCAGACCCCGGAGCCCAAGGGGCUGUGAGGGAGCCGCCGGGCUCGGGCUACAGGAUGGUGGCGGGUCGGUUCCGGCCGCGCAGCCCUAGGAGCUGGCUGUUCCCCUGCCUGUGGCUGCUGGCUGUGGGCGGUCCGGGAUCUUUGCUGCGAGCUGAGGAACAGCCCUCUUGCAAAAAAGCCUUCGAUCUGUACUUCGUCCUGGACAAGUCUGGGAGUGUGGCAAAUAACUGGAUUGAAAUUUAUAACUUUGUCCACCAGCUUACAGAGAGAUUUGUGAGCCCUGAAAUGAGAUUGUCCUUCAUCGUGUUUUCUUCUCGAGCAACCAUUAUUUUGCCAUUAACUGGAGACAGAUACAAAAUUGACAAAGGACUGGAGGAUUUAAAAGCUGUCCAGCCAGCUGGAGAUACAUACAUCCAUGAAGGACUAAAACUUGUAAAUGAACAAAUUCAAAAUGCAGGAGGCUUAAAAACUUCCAGUAUCAUAAUUGCACUGACGGAUGGUAAGCUGGACGGCCUGGUGCCACAGUAUGCAGAGAACGAGGCAAAGAAGUCCAGGUCACUUGGUGCUAGUGUUUACUGUGUUGGGGUCCUCGAUUUUGAACAAGCUCAGCUUGAAAAAAUUGCUGAUUCCAAGGACCAAGUUUUUCCUGUUAAAGGCGGAUUUCAAGCUCUUAAAGGGAUCAUCAAUUCUGUACUAGCUCAAUCAUGUACUGAUAUCCUGGAAUUGAGUCCUUCAAGUGUCUGUGUCGGGGAGGAAUUUCAAGUUGUUUUGAGUGGAAAAGCGGUCGCACAGAACAGUCAUGAUAGCAGUGUCCUCUGUACCUUCACUGCGAACAGCACAUACUCAAAGAGUGAAAAACCAGUAAGUGUUCAGCCCAGAUCCAUCAUUUGUCCUGCACCUGUCCUGAACAAAGCUGGAGAAACCCUUGAAGUUUCAAUCAGCUUUAAAGAUGGGAAGUCUGCCAUCUCAAGAUCCUUAACAAUCACAGCCACAGAAUGUUCUAAUGGGAUUGCAGCUAUCAUAGCUAUUUUGGUGUUGUUGCUGCUAUUGGGUGCUGCCUUGAUGUGGUGGUUUUGGCCCCUUUGCUGCAAAGUGGUUAUCAAGGAUCCUCCCCCACCAUCUGCUCCACCAAAGGAGGAGGAAGAGGAAGAACCUUUGCCCAAUAAGAAAUGGCCGACUGUGGACGCUUCCUAUUAUGGGGGUCGAGGGGUUGGAGGAAUUAAGAGGAUGGAGGUUCGCUGGGGAGAUAAAGGAUCUACGGAGGAAGGGGCAAGACUAGAGAAGGCAAAAAAUGCUGUGGUGAUGAUCCCUGAAGAAGAGAUACCCGUCCCACCAAGACCGCCUAGACCCAAACCCACACAUCAGGCACCUCAGACAAAAUGGUACACGCCAAUUAAGGGUCGUCUGGAUGCACUCUGGGCUCUGAUCUUGAAGCAAUAUGAUCGGGUAUCCUUGAUGAGACCCCAGGAAGGAGAUGAGGGCCGGUGCAUAAACUUCUCCCGUGUUCCACAUCAAUAAGACGAGAGCACACAGUGUGAGAAGAGAAGAAGACAGCACAUCUUCAUGAUGCUGACUUCCAACAGAAUGGACAGUCUAGUGCAUCUCAGAAGUUCCUGGGAAAACAGCCCAGCUCCUCUCUGUCAGGAAAUGUCUCUUCUGCCUUCUGCUUCUUGUGCACCAAACAUUUUCAAACACUUAUUCUGCCAUCCACAUGAGAGGUGAUGAAAGUCGGCGAGUAACUCAUGAUUCAUGACACUGAGAAUACAGAGGAAUGUUAAUGUGCAUGCUACAGUUUAUGCAGAGCUCGUUUGAAUGUGUAAGAGGACAAAGCAGACACAGCGAUGAGGUACCAAAGCAAGGACUGCAAAUCCACCAGCCAUGAAGGCUUGUAAUGGAGACUGGUGCUUUUGACACGGAUGCUUGGAGUGUGUGCUUUUGUUCGGCUAGAUCUUUAGCCAGACGCAAACCACGAAAUUUCCCACCAGGCUAAACAGAAAAUGGAGUCCAGUGCCUUGGAGCUAUGUCAGAUAGCAGAGCCUUCCCAAGUCCUCCAUUACUUUGUGCCUUACGGAAAUUUUCUGACUAGAAAAUCUUGUCACUGUUACACUGAAAGUGCACACGCAUGACCAAAUGUAGACCAGAUGCCUCAAGGUACUGGAUGCAAGCAGGAUUUUGCCCUUUCGUUUUCCAAGACACCUUUCUUUCAUUAUGCACUUGGGACAGGAGAAUUAAUAGAGCGUUAAUUCAACAGGAAGACCGCCUCCAACCAAAGACCUGGAGUGCAGCAUACAGACUCAUGAUUUGAGAUGUUGUCCCCGGCCUGGUAGAUUCCCCCUUUCUCAGCCUUUGGGAUUUAGCAGUGCAUAAAGCGUUAAUAUCUGUAAACACACCUAGGUGUUUGUUUGGCUUUUAAUUUAAGGAAGCGGUAACCACAAAGCUUCCGCUCAGGGUUUUUUUUCCUUCCUUCAAGUCUCCAAGGGCUCUUCAGCGUCACAAGCCAGCAACUCUCUUUGCAUGAAAAUUUCAAAGUUUAAUUAAUAUAAUUAAAGGCAACAGCAAGCAGCAGCCUGUGAAGAUUUUGCUCAUCUUUUUUAUGCCUUUUGACAUUGAACGACCUAUCACUGUUUGCAUGUUAGUUGGAAAUUCAGGAGCACCGCACCUUGGUUGUGAUUCAGCCAGGGAAAAAGACCCCCUUUCCUUCAUUUUACAAAUUAAAAUCCGGAGGGGUGCCAUCAGAGAGCGUUGACAAUAUACGUACUAUAAAUUUUUAGAAAUAUCACCAUUGUGUCACAUCGACGAUGCCAAAUUAUGUUAGCGUGAGCAGAAACACGGUGGGGGAGGAAGGCGGCAGCAGCUGAAGGAAAUAGCUCAGAUGAUCUAGUCACUUUCGAUACUGUACUUCAGAUGCGAAAUGGAUAUUCGACUGGAAACCUGACAAAGUGCGCCUGCUUUGAUGUGAACUGGUAUAGACAAUGACCAGUGGCCGGGUCAGUGGGAUGUCUCUCUGCGAGCACAAAGGCUUAUCAAAUGACACUAAAAAUAAGUUCAACAACCAUCACUUUGGAAGGAAGAAGGCGAGCAUUUCAUGUUUGGCGGGCAUGUGAGUUCACAAGACGGAACGAACGAUUUAGAGCAUCCUGGUAUAAUUACCCACAUUGUGCUCUUCAUGGAAAUUUCAAAGGACUGCAGUGAUACUUUUGGUUGGUGUCCAGGUUUGUGGCACUGCUCCAAGAAGCCUUACACACCCAUACAGAUAUACAAGUGCACACACAUACUCUCUAGCUUGAAUCGUUUUGCUCAACCUUAUUUAUGUCACUGACUGGCUGGAUCCAAAGUCACACCUCCACGUAUUAGUGAAUAAAAUUUUUUACCUGUG